AUGGCGGUCAACGCGGCGGCCAGCAGGGCCGGGAUCGCGGUGCACAACUCGCUCAAGCCCGGGACGCCGGUGCACUUUGAGCCCAAGCAGGAGGACACGGUGACGUGGUACUCGUGCGGGCCAACAGUGUACGAUCUCAGCCACAUGGGUCAUGCACGCAACUACGUGUCGACAGACGUGAUCCGGCGGAUUCUGCGGGACUACUUUGGCUACAAGGUGCAGUUCAUCAUGAACAUCACGGACGUGGACGACAAGAUCAUCAUCAAGGCACGGCGCAAGCGGCUCUUGGACCUGGAGCGCGAGAAGACGUACACGGCCGAGCAGCGGCACGCGCUAGGCUCGGCAGCCUUCCAGGCGUACGCAGCAGCGAACCUGCCGCUGCUGCUAACGGGCUACGCAGGGCCGGUGGGGCUGAGCGAAGCCAUCUAUGCGGAGCGGCGGGACGCAGUGUACGGGGCGGUGCUGGCGGGCGGCACGCUCACGGGCGAGGGCCGGGCAGGCGAUGCGGAGGCCAAGACGAAGAUGCAUGUGGCCAACAUGGACUCGGCGGCACGCGGACUCCAGAGCGGCACGGUAUUCGAAGCGGCGGAGGAGGUGCUGCUGCCGUACCUAGACUCGCUGUACAAGGAGACGAUCGACACGAGCGACCAGACCAUGUUCACGGACCUGACGCAGGCGAUGGAGAAGGCGUUCACGGACGACAUGGACGCGCUUAACGUGCUGCGGCCAGACGCGGUGACGCGGGUGACGGAGUACGUGCCGCAGAUCGUGGCGUUCACAAAAGGCAUCAUCGACAAGGGGUUUGCGUACGAGGCGAACGGAUCGGUGUACUUUGACAUUGAGGCGUUUGAGCGGGCGGGCAACACGUACGCGCGGCUGCGACCGGAGAGCAAGAAUGACAAGGCGCUGCAGGAGGAGGGCGAAGGGUCGCUGUCGAAGAGCCUAGCGGGCAAGCGGCGGGCGGGCGACUUUGCACUGUGGAAGAGAUCGAAGCCGGGAGAGCCGUUCUGGGCGAGUCCGUGGGGGGCUGGGCGGCCGGGCUGGCACAUUGAGUGCUCGGUGAUGGCGUCGGACAAGCUGGGCGAGCAGAUGGACAUCCACUCGGGAGGUAUCGACCUGGCGUUCCCGCAUCACGACAACGAGCUGGCGCAGAGCGAGGCCUUCUUCCACCGGCCAGGCGCGGGCGAGCACAGCUGGGUGCGGUACUUCUUGCACAUGGGUCAUCUUUCGAUUGCCGGGUCCAAGAUGUCCAAGUCGCUCAAAAACUUCCAGACGAUCCAGGACGCGCUGGAGACGGGCUACACGGCCCGCAGCAUGCGUAUUGUGUUUAUGCUGAGCCGGUGGAACGACGGGCUGGAGGUGUCGCCGGACAUGCGGAAGCAGGCGAGCAGCUGGGAGAACACGCUGGAUAACUUCUUCACCAACAUCAAGGCCCGACUGGCCGAGACCAGGACAGGAACGAUGACGAGCAAGGUGCAGAGCCUGUCCCUGCAGGACGGUCUGACGGCAGAGCUGGAGCAGGCACAACAGGACCUGGACGCGGCGCUGCGCAACUCGUUUGACACGCCGGGAGCGAUGCAGGUGAUUCUGCGGGUAGUUCGCAGUGCCAACGUGGCGAUGAGCGAGGCAGGAGCAGACCUGGGACCGGUGGAGGCGGUGGCGCACUGGGUGACCAAGGUGGUGGGCAUCUUCGGCCUGGACGCGAACGCGCAGCCGCCAUACGAGGGCCGUGUGGGCUGGGGGCCGGCGAAUCCGACAAAGACGACGGCUGGACAGGACGUGGACCCGAAGACGGCCGUGCAGCCCUACGCGACAACGUACGCCAAGGUGCGAGCCGAGGUGACCGGUCUAGUCGAGGCGGCGGGGGGCUCGCUGGCCGAGGUGCAGGCACUGCUGCAAGCCCAAGAGCCAGAGGCGGAGUUUGCGGCGCUGGCCGACAGCCAAGAACAGAACGUGGAGUGGCUGGCGCUGCCGUAUCUGCGGGCGAUUUCGGGACUGCGCGACACGCUGCGACGGGAAGCAGCAGCGACAGGCGCAGAGACGAAACAGCAGGUGCUUGCGCUCAGCGACCGGAUCCGCGACUACGACAUGGCCGAGCUGGGCGUGCAGCUAGAUGACCAGCCGGAGCGGCCGAGCCUGAUCAAGAUUGUGCCAGCAGCGCGGCUGGUAGCGGCACGCGAGGAGAAGGCGGCAGCAGCGGCCGAGAAAGCACGGCUCAAAGCGGAGGCACAGCGGGCACGCGACCAGGCCGAGGCCGACAAGUGGCUCCGGGCCAAGGUGACGCCGCAGGCACUCUUCCGCAGCUCGGAGGCGUACGGGGCGUGGGAUGCGGACGGGCUGCCGACGAAGCUGGCAGACGGUAGCGAUGUGCCGAAGACGCAGCAGAAGCGGCUGAAGAAGGAGUGGGAUCGACAGAAGAAGCUGCACGACUCAUACGUGGAGAACAUCCAAAAGAAAAGAAACAACAAUGCACAGAUAACAGCAGACCAGGAUCCAACAGCAGGGCCGGUCCUGCACGACGGCAAGACAGGUAGCAGCUGCCAGCCGCAGCCUGCAGCUACGACCUUGCUCGUCUCACCUCAGCAUCUCAGCAUCUCAUCACCGUGCGGCUCUGACGGCCUGUCCGACAGCCGGCUGCGGAUCUGCCCUCGUCCACGCAGCGCCUGUCUGGCCACUCGCAGCACUGCCGUGUACGUAAUGAAUACGGACUGCUGGCACAUGCGAUGUGGUAGCGUCCUUGCGGCAGUCUAG